AAAGUACAUUCCGGAAGUACAACUCUGAGGAAUACAACUUGACAUUUAUCUAAUCGGUUCCUCGCAACAAGGUCGGGCCGGAGGAGUGCGAGACUUGACACUUGUCGGUGGCAAUGAGUUUCGCCUCAUGUCUGAAACGUGGUUCGGCUGCCGGCGUGCCGUGAAUUUCAGGCGGUUUCCUCGUAUCUGUGCCAUAACUAAAUGUCGUCGCGGAGCCAACCAGCCGUCUCACUUUUACAGAGUUAGUUUGGGCGUUGUUAAGUGGUCAGCCAGCUGCGGCGGAGGAGGCUAGCUGAGUUCGGUUACCUGCUAAGGAUGAGCUCCGCACCGAAUCACCGUAACGCUACAGAGACAGCAGGGCUGCCCAGUAGACACGUCUCCGCUGUCUCCGUCGCAGGACACGUCCAGCAGGUUUUCAGCCAUGUGAAAGUAGAAAACCUGGUGGCGGGACUGAUCGGUGGUGUGGUGUCCACUCUGGUGCUUCACCCGCUGGACCUGGUGAAGAUCAGGUUUGCAGUGAGUGACGGACUGGAGUUGAGGCCCAAGUACAGCGGUAUUCUUCACUGUAUGAAGAGUGUGUGGCAUCAGGAGGGAGUGAAGGGUCUGUACCAAGGGGUGACCCCCAACAUCUGGGGCGCGGGCUUGUCCUGGGGUCUCUACUUCUUAUUCUACAAUGCAAUCAAAGGCUACACCAAGGAAGGCCGUCAGGCUGAACUGAGCCCAGCAGAGCACCUGGUUUCAGCGGCUGAAGCAGGCAUCCUCACUCUCACCAUAACAAACCCGAUCUGGGUCACCAAGACCCGACUGGUUCUGCAGUACAGCACCGACCCCACCAGCAAGCAGUACAAGGGGAUGGUGGACGCCCUGGUCAAGAUCUACCGCCACGAGGGCCUGCCAGGACUUUACAAAGGUUACGUUCCGGGUCUUUUCGGUACGUCUCAUGGAGCCCUGCAGUUCAUGGCCUACGAAGAGCUCAAGAGAGACUACAACAAAUACAAGAAGGUGCCUUCAGAUGCAAAGUUGAAUGCUCUGGAGUACAUCACAAUGGCAGCACUGUCCAAAAUAUUCGCCGUCGCCACGACGUACCCGUAUCAGGUGGUGAGAGCUCGGCUCCAAGACCAGCACAACAGAUACGGCGGGGUCGUGGAUGUCAUCGGACGGACGUGGAGAAACGAAGGCGCUUCGGGCUUCUACAAAGGCAUCGUCCCAAAUUUGAUCCGCGUCACCCCGGCCUGCUGCAUCACCUUUGUGGUGUAUGAGAACGUGUCCCGCUUCCUUCUGGGGACAAAGUGAGAGAGACAGAGAGGACGCAGCAUGGACGGCUGCACGGGGCGUCGAGCUCCGACUGAAACGUAGGAGACGAAGAGGGGAGCGUGUUUCCCCCAGAGGCUUUCCUUAAGUACGUGGCGAUGCGUAGAAGUGAGAAAAGAGAAGUCGAAGCAGCAAAACAACUCACUCAUUUUCGGUCAAACAUAUGGAGGCGGAUUGGGGCCACUGAAGUAAAAGAAUUCUGACUUUAAUCUUGGAACUUUGGCUUUUUGUCUUAGAAUUUUGGAUUAUAUUUUUUUUCACCCAGAAUUAAAAAAAAAUUUUUCCCCAAAAUUCUGACUUUUGAAUUUAGAAGAUUAAAACCAGAAUUCUACAGAAAAGUCAGAUUUUUCAGAGAAAAGUAAAAAUCCUGAGAUUUAAUCCUGAAUUCUGAGGGGGAAAAAAAAAACAGUCCCGUUUUUGUUCAGAGGCCUUAAUCCUCUUCUGUAAAAACAUGAUGGGAAUUCGCGUCUGAUUUAAACGCACAGUUUGUGGGGAUGAGUUGUUUCAGUUUGUCCCUUUGGAAACAAUAUAAAUGUGAUAUGGUAACUAUUUUUUUCAAACGAGGGGCAUGUUGUAACGAUGUGUGGUGAAUUCAGCAUUCUACCACAGAGGAAGAGUUGUUUACGUUUUCUGGCAACAGAAAGACGAAAAGCAGUCUAUUUAAAGCUUGAUCGUCAGCAUCAAGAUCUCAGGUCUCCAGUUUUAUCUUUAUUAUUAAUUACCCAUGUGUGAACCGCAGCGUUGAUGAUGCUCCUUCCAUAAAGUCUUUUUUUCCCCCGUCAUUACACAAACUUAAGUGUAUUGUUUUAUGACAUUUUGUUAUAAAAUGUGAAGUGCUUUAUUAGUGCGUGAACACAAUAAAUGUUUUAUUUUUGACCUA